AUGGUGACUCUUUACUUAUGUGUGUAUCUUGACAGUUUUUUUUCUCUCUGGAGAUGUUACUCCUCAGUAGGCAACAGGCGUGUUGGAAAGCAGCAGUUGUCCAUUGGUUCAAACUGCGACCGACUGGGCACUGUAGAGCAUGAGUUCCUGCAUGCUCUGGGGUUCUGGCAUGAGCAGUCCAGAGCGGACCGCGAUGACUACGUCAACAUUAUAUGGGACCAAAUUGAACCUGGUAAGGAGCACAACUUUAAAACGUAUGACGACACUGUGUCCAACACGCUGGGGGUCCCAUAUGACUACAGCUCUGUGAUGCACUACAGUAAGACAGCCUUCAACAUCCACUCUGAGCCCACCAUCGUCACAAAGAUCCCACAAUUCAUGGAUGUGAUUGGUCAGAGGAUGGAAUUCAGUGCCAGCGACCUAGCCAAGCUCAACCUGCUGUACAACUGCACUAAAUCCUCCACCUUUGUAGACAGCUGUAACUUUGAGGAGGAGAACAUCUGCGGGAUGAUUCAGGGUUCCAGCCCGGCCAUGUGGGAACAGCGCAGCUCUGUGUCCGGAGGCCCUCACACUGACUUCACCAACAUGGGGCAAUGCAAAGGAAAUGGCUACUUCAUGCAUUUCAGCACAGAAUCUGCUGAACUCGGGGAGAGCGCUUCCCUGGAGAGUCGUUGGCUUUACCCCAAAGCUGGAGCUCAGUGUCUGCAGUUCUUCCUCUAUAACACUGGGGCAGCUGAUGAUGUUCUGAACAUAUGGCUCAGAGAGUACGACCCAGCCAGCCCCGGCGGCAAACUCCAACUAUUCAAGAGCAUUUCAGGAGGAGUGACGGGCUCCUGGGAGCUGCACACCGUCAACCUGAGCGUGACCCGAAAGGCCCGGCUGGUUUUCGAGGGGGUGAGGGGAAAGAGUCCGUCACAUGGAGGUUUCUCUCUGGAUGACAUCAACCUGUCAUCCACAAAAUGCCCCCAGCACAUCUGGCACAUCCGGAACAUCAGCCACCUGCUGGCCACCACGCCACCAGGACAGAAACUGUACAGCCCCCGCUUCCUGUCUCCGUCCGGUUACUCCUUCCAGGUGGCUGUGUACCUGAACGGACGAAGUGGCACUCCUGGGUACAUGGCUAUCUACUUCCACCUGACAUCAGGCCCCAACGACCACAGUCUGAAGUGGCCGUGUCCAUGGCAACAAGCCACCAUGGCCCUGAUGGAUCAGCAGUCUGAUGUCAGACAGCAGAUGAACAUGCACCGCAUGGUGACCACCGACCCCAACAAGAUGUCCUCAGAUGGUACUGAGUUUUACUGGGAUGACCCCAGGAAGGUGGGCUCUAUGGUAACCGGGUCUGACGGCAGCUCUUACUACCGAGGCCCCGGCUAUGGGACCAGCACCUUCAUCUCACACCGCAGGCUGAGGAGCAGGAGCUUCACCAAGGGAGACGAUGCCUUCUUCCUACUCAGUCUGGAAGAUGUAUCCGAACUACUGGCUCCUCAGCCUCUGCCCCAGACUGCAGUCUUCGCUGUUGGCCGUCUGAUUGGAGCAGCAGAACAACCAGCCAGUCAGCUCUCUGCAGCUACAGCAGUGGGAGCGUGUGUAGCAGCAGCCAUGUUGUUGGUAGCCAUGAUGAUUGUGGGUAAUGUCUGGAGGCUGAGGAGAAGAACUAGGAGGAGGGAACAACAUGUGAGGAGUGGCUGCAUGGUCAUAGAGAACAUGCCAGACUGCGUUGACAGUGAGCAUCCAGCCACAGACUCACCUUCUACUUUAUCUGCUCCAUGAUGGCCAAGAAAAGAAAGAACCACCGACCGCUGACCAGACUGUCUGACGAUUAUCAGACUCUCCAUUAAAAUCUAUGACACCA